AUGUAUGUGAAAUGGUUUGAUACAGUAAUGUUUUACUAUGUGAUUUUAGUGAUUUUAGUGAAUGUCACUUUUUGUCAUUUUCAAAUUUCUCGCCAGUUCCGUCCCCCGUACGUCCCGACGCUUGCAGGGGACGGAACCCAGAUGACAGAUACCGGCAUCCGCCGGAUUACAUUGCCGGGGACACUGCAGGAGGGACAUCGUGGGAGCGCAGGACAAGGUAAGUGAUCGAGGGGCCCCAGAGCAGCAUUGCAUGGUAUUCCCGCGUGUAGCUCGGGGUUACCGCUUGUGCUACACUCGGGAAUACCGCCAGGGAGGUUA